AUGCUUGCUUCAAAUAAUACAAUCGAUUAUACCACAGCGUCUCCACGAUUUUCAGUAACAAACAAGGAUACAUUGCAAGAUGGCUUAGAUUAUUUGAAUGAAAAUGGCUAUGUUGUUAUAAGUGAUGUUAUGAAUUCUGAUGAAAUCAAUCAAAGUAAAGAUCUGUUAUGGCCAAGUUUCAGUACACAUGGUGUUGUAAGUGGAAAUGGCAUUGGUCAAUCGGACUUUCUCUGGAACAUUCGAUCAAAUCCAUUUAUCAAACAAGUUUUUACACAGAUCUGGAACGAUCCACAAUUACUUGUUUCGUUUGAUGGUUGUGGUAUAUUUCGUGAUUGGCGUUAUGAUUCUAGUUGGAAAACUCAAGGUGGUUGGAAUCAUGUUGAUCAAAAUCCGAAAGUUAAACCUGAUCGUUGUUGUAUUCAAGGUUUGAUUUCGUUAACAGAUCAAAAUGAAACAACAGGUGGCUUAAUUGUCUAUCCGAAAACAUAUUUAAGGUUUCAUGAACUAGCAGAUACUGUUAAAAACACGGAAGAUUUCGCUAAAGUUCCUGAUACACAUCCUAUUAUGAAUCAGGGUCAAACUCUUGGUAAAUUAGUUCACUGUCAAGCUGGUGAUCUUAUUCUAUGGGAUAGUCGCACGGUGCAUUGUAAUUCGCCAGCAGUUAAUAUUGAAAAACGAGAUCCAAAUGAAUCUGUCGAUCUUCUACGUGUUGUGGCUUAUGUUUGUAUGAGUCCAAGCUCAUUCGUACAAAGUCAAACACUCGAGGAAUUUCGCGAGAAACGAAAACAAAUGGUAGAAAAUAAUUGCACAUUAACACAUUGGAGCACAGAACUCUGUCUUGGAGGUGGUAUCAACACAGGUCUACCUAAACUGUCAUUAGACAAAUUUAAUGCAUAUCAAAAGGCACUUAUAUUUGGAUCUGCGAACGUUGAUGAAUAA